CGUACACGCCUCCUUUCUCCAUCCCGUGUCCGUAGGUAGCUGAAGCCGCCCGCUCGUUCUCGACCGCCCGUUUGGCCAACACGCACAUAGACAGACGACCUGGGACCGCUCCAGCCAGAAAGAGCUCGCGUGGAAUGGAAUCCCGUCAACGCAGCCCGACCCCGCUUUUGCGGACGUGUCGCAUAUGCGCCCAUGCCAAAAUCAAGUGUGACCGUACCCAGGACUCGGGCUCCUGCGAUAGAUGCCUCCGUCUGGGCAAGGAGUGCACCUACGCCGUCGCCCGCGGCCGGAAGCCGCCGGGGCCGCGAUCAAGAUCCAACAAGCUGCUCCAGGUUCCGGAGCACCCGGCUGCUCCGAGCGUCACCGAGAGCCCGCCGGUCUCCGAGAGUAUCACCUCCGACCAGAGCCGGACGCCGCCACCGCCACCGCAUCCGGCCUCCUCUUCCGGCUCAGCUGCAGGCGACCCAGGGUCUCAGUCCCGCCAGGCCGACCUUGGCAGCGGCAGCGGUAACGGCAACGGCCCUCACGACCCCUUCCAAGCCGGCCAGCUGUCUCUCGAGCGGGGCCAGGAGCUUCUUGAUAGGUUCCGCAAGAAACUGACGCCCCAUUUCCCCUUCGUCAUCAUUGCCAAUUCGGUGCACGUGAGUGCUCUGAGAAAGACAAGGCCGGCACUGUGUCUGGCGCUCCUCGCCGCCGCGUCGCACGACGAUGUCCGGCUUCAGAGAGCGCUGGGCCAGAUGUUCAACGAACUCGUCGCCGCACGCCUGGUAGCAGGGAACUUUACCUGUUUAGAUGUGCUCCAGGGGCUGCUCGUCCACCUCGCCUGGGCCCAUUUCCAGCCCAGACCCAAGAGAUACUCGCAGCAUCUUCACCUGGCGACUAGCAUUGUCUCCGACUUGCGCCUAGACAGACCAAAGAACCCUCGGCGUUGGAACGUGGAGGGGAUGAGUGCGCCGCAUGACAAUGUCGAAUCUUUGGACGAACAGAGGACUUUCCUCGGGACGUACUAUCUUUCAUCUUGUACGAGCAUCGUGCUCCAGAAACUUCGCAUAGUCACUUUGUCCAGUUUCAUCACAGAAACGGCGAACCGGCUGGCCGAAGUAGCCGAGUACCCUAGCGACCAGUACCUACCGUACAUUGUUCGCCUACAACGGCUCGCCGAAGACAUCGACGAUGUCGUCAAGAACGAGUCGACAUUGGAUCCCAUGCAGAUACAAGCGUCCGUCUCGGAGGCCAAGGAAAGGGUUGACAUGUUCAAGAACAGCCUGGGAUUCUCCCUCAGCGACUGCCCUCUGUUGGUUCCCCAGCUGCACACGAUCCAGCUCUGCUUGAACCAGCUAUCGCUGCCAGAGGCCCCCUUCGGACUGAGCAACCCUCAAAACGCUCCGAUGCAGCGGCUCAUCGCAGGCCUGUCCGAAAGUAUCGUGUCCGCCAAAUCCCUCGUCUGCGUCCUCCUACACACGCCUCCCGGCCAGGAGGUCUUCUUCCCCAACAUUGUCUGGGUGAUGCUCCAUUGCGGCUUCACGCUGGCCGCCCGGCUGGACCUCUUGGCCGCGGACCCGAGGAUAGGCUUCAUGGCGGAGCACCUGCGGCAGUUCUCGGACAUUGCGCACACCAUCCGCCAGGUCGUCCUCCGACUCGAGUCCGCGAGCUCGCCAGACCUCGACGACCGAGGCGAUCGCGACAGCUUCUACCACUUUGCCAUUCGUACGAAACGCGUCGAGAAGUUCUACCUGGAGCAGCAGCAGCGGCAGUCCGACCUCCUCGAGCAACAGCAACAGCAGCAGCAGCAGCAGCAGCAGCAGCAGGACUUCUCGCCCCAGAAUUUACAUGUCACCAUGCCGACAAGCACAGCCGGCUUCACGACCAUGGGCACACCCGCCUCCGACUUCUCGAACCAGAGCCAGAUCUUGGAUUAUUCAGUCGCGCCUUCGGUGUUCUCGCACGCGGUGGCGCCCAUGGACGGAAACGUUAUGUACGGCGGCAACCACAACAACUUCAUCAUACCCAACACGGGCGCGAUGAACUCGAACCCGGAAUACGUCAUGGACGCCCUCUCUGUCCUGCCCGAAUCCUUCAUACCGUUCAGGGGCUGGGGUCCCGUGGUGGGCAACGAAGACGGUGGUAGAGCGCAGUUUUGAGCGUGAUCCUUCGGAGAGGAUCCGGACGUCGUAUGUAGUGCCACAAUACCGCGGUGGCGGGUUCGGGCACGGAGUCGGGAACCCAUUGCUUGCUGCUCCGCACCGGAACGUGCAACACAGUAGACCAAAGCCUUGCGGCAAGCACGGGAUGAAGAUCGAGGCACGGAAUAUGUAAUAGGCCUAUCCUGCGUUGGCGGUUUGAGAGAUCGCCCCAAGGGUUCACAAGACGAUGUCUUCAAUGCCCGGUUUUAAUGGAACUGGGUGUAGGAUUCUGAUUCCGUGUCCGUAGUUGGGUGUACUUGCACUCGGAAGCAUAGGCGAAAGCUUCACAUCAUUGCCAAUGUUUCAUCGCGGUAUAUAAGACAGACCGCAACUUCACUGCCAUGAUACACUCAACCAUCUCAACAUCUAACCCGAAGUCAUAACAACUCCCUCCCACCACCAGU